AUGGAGCUGUCAGUCGACGUUCACUCGACCGACGUCUUUCUCUUCCCCUCCAAAAGACAGCGUCACCAGUCGUCGUCCGAAGUGUCGUCCUCUUCAGCAGCAGCACCAGAGACCGCAUCGUCAUCACUAGCGUUGACGCCGUUCACGUCGACAUCGUCAUCAGGCGCCACCACAUCCAGCUACGAUGGCGAGGCGCCUGCUUACAGUGAGGUCGAAGACAUGAACGCCUUCACUUCGACCAAUCUGUCCAACGACGACCACGCGCUGCUCUACGCCUACGUCGACAUUCGCUUCCCCGCUUCCAGCUCAUGCUCCUCUGGUAUCCGUAACCGCCUCAAGAGCUUGACGCUCACACUCUCGGGACACGAGAGUAUCUCGUUCCCGCGUGGUGGCCUCGAGCCUAAUCAGACCUACUUUAACGAAAAGUCGAUCGACGAGGCGCUCGAGGUAUAUUACUUUGAGCCGGGCAAGACGUACAGGUUCGAGCGAACCUUUUUUAUCGACCACAACGCGGCGCCGUUUCAGCGAAGCCAGUGGGGGCUCAACAACCAGAAGCUGGUCGCCAAAGCGACGUUCCACGGGCUAUUGUCCAAAUCCAUGACGGCCACCAAGAAAGUCUACUUUGUCGACUGCCAGAACGACGAGGGCAACGACAUGAUUGUUUGGGACAAGGACGUCAGGACGCAUGCCGACGGUAUUGGUCCCUUCAGUCUACGCAACCGAUCCGAAGUGUUUACCGUCGGCGGCUAUUUGCGCACCAACCUGGAUCUCCUCAGUCCACUCGAAGGUGUCAGCAUCGUAGGUUUUCGAGCGUCGGUCGAGAUACGGUCGACGUUGGCAUCGCGACGCGAGAGACCAGGGUACGUCGAGACGGUCAAACCGAAAAAAGUGCCGUUCCUCUCGCUCGAUCGCCGCCAAGUCGAGGAGCUCUUCCGCACCAAAAAGCUUCAGGGAGGCGGUGAAGGUGUUGCGCCUAACGGUGAAUGCUACCCCUCGCUCGAGGUUGUCUCGCGCCUCCCGGACGACAACAAGAUCCGACCUAGCACGGUCGACGGGAACAACGCCGCCAUCCGCUUCCGCAACUUCAUCGACUACGAGAUCGACUUCAUCGAUGGCGAAUAUCGUACUUCCGCACUAGCAGACCAGGACGACGAGCUGAUCUACGUCGACGACCAGAAGAUGAAGCGCUUCCACGUCUCGAUCCCCGUCUUUCUCAACUCUUGUGGCUGUCGACCGGACUCACUCAACCUGCCUUCGUAUGCCUGCGAAGACCCGAUGCCCGCUGAGUGCAUUCUCGAGAAGAAGGCACAGCUGAAAUUGCUGCACGACAAGCAGACCGAUCCUUCGGCUUUCCCUUGUAUCUGCACUUUUACGCUCGAAUCGCUCUUGGAGGUCGAAAAAAAAUCCCUGGCCGCCAGCCCAAUCAGCAGCGGUGCUAGCUGUUCCCCUUUGACGGAAGAACUGGACCCUUUGCCAAGGUACAAGUAUCUCGAGUCGUCGUAA